GAUAUGCCUUUAAUCCAAUAUGGCGCUCACUUGUGGAAAUGUAGAAAUUGCCGUCACUCGGCAACUCCGAGUCGGGGCAGAAAGUUGCUUUUGAACAGCUGACUCAUUAAAUCAAUCGUGAAUAAAAAUAUAGCAGUGAAAAUUGCCGUUGAUGGUGACAAAAACAACGAAAUUGGGAGUGAUUAAUAUUCGUGAUAUUCCGUGCGGUUGAAAUAACUGUUAAUCCACCUGGUAAUAUCACGCGACAGAUUAAUGCGAGGUGCAUCGAGAGUUGGAUCGUCUCCAAUCAGGAAAUUCGAGUGAAAAUCGUAAAUUUACAAUGUUAAACGUUGAGGACGCGAUAAUGGAGGAGAAAAUUGAAACGUUGAGCCCAGGAGUCGAUGAAUUGGGUCUCCGACACCGUAUCCCCUGGAGCGAUCGUGUUUCCUUGAACAGUGACAUACCAGGUUUUCACGAGGUUAAAGAGUUACUGGAGGACGAUGAUGCCAGCUGCCUGGCUGAGGAGGAGGACGGAGUUGGGUGUCCUCUUCCCUCCACUCCUGAGGACGAUCAUCUCCUCGAUUGUGAAAUGACAGAAGUUCUGAAGGCAGGAGUACUUAGUGACGAGAUUGACCUUGGAGCUCUGGCUCACAAUGCUGCAGAGCAGGCCGAGGAAUUUGUUCGAAAGUACUGGUUACAGGUGUGGGAAGCGUCGUGGAAGCAGUGUCAUUUUCGUAAUCUACCGAGAUGGCUGCAGGACAACGAUUUUCUACAUGCUGGACAUCGUCCACCAUUGCCGUCCUUCUACGCUUGUUUCAAAAGUAUCUUCCGUAUUCACACGGAGACCGGAAAUAUCUGGACUCAUUUAUUGGGUUGUGUAGCCUUCAUAGGAAUAGCAAUAUUCUUCCUAACACGACCGCCCAUGGAGAUUCAAUUCGAGGAGAAGCUUGUAUUUGCAACAUUUUUUGCUGGUGCAAUAAUAUGCCUUGGCAUGUCCUUCGCCUUUCACACUGUUCACUGUCACAGUGAGUGCGUUGGAAAAUUAUUUUCAAAGCUCGAUUACUGUGGCAUCGCUAUGCUCAUAAUGGGUAGUUUUGUGCCCUGGUUGUAUUACGGUUUCUACUGCGAUUAUCAACCCAAACUCAUUUACCUGUCUGUCGUUGUGGCACUUGGUAUCACGAGCAUUGUUGUGUCACUCUGGGAGAGAUUCGGCGAGCCCAGUUAUCGGCCAUUGAGAGCUGGUGUCUUUAUGGGAUUCGGCCUCAGUGGGGUGAUACCUGCAGUACAUUAUGCCAUUGCUGAAGGCUGGUUCAAGGCAAUCAGUCAAGCCUCUCUCGGUUGGCUCAUCCUCAUGGGGUGUCUCUAUGUGUUAGGAGCAUUGUUCUACGCACUCAGAGUUCCAGAACGAUUUUUUCCAGGGAAAUUUGACAUUUGGUUCCAGAGCCACCAAAUAUUCCACGUACUAGUGAUAGCAGCUGCCUUCGUCCAUUACCAUGGAAUAACUGAAAUGGCAAUGUACAGAAUGACCAUUGGUGAUUGUGCCAAUCCAGCACAGGUUUUAGCCUUUUAAUUGUUACUUCAUUUGUUUAUCCCGAGUGUUAUGGAAUCUUGUAUCAAGGUGUCUCUUCAAUACUCAAGAUUUAUCCACAAAUUUAUGAUUUUUUUUUCUCCUCACUUCUCCAAGAGGGGGUUAUCACAGAUGAUAUUUAGAUUGUUUUGUAGAAAUUUUAGUUGUCAGUUUAUUUUAUUACUGGGAAUUUGGUCAUUUGGACAAUAGAGGGGGCAUUGAAGUUAAUAAUUUAAUUGAAGGGAAAAUAUUGUUAAAUGCUAUUCAAUUGAUCACAUUUGAAUCUAGUUGAUUUUGGGGAAAUUGUAAUAUUUAAGUUUUGCCCUUUUACCUGUGAAAAUUAUAAACGAAAUAGCGUUUGAAUUAUUUUGGGGUUCAAAGAUAAGUGGAUUAAUGGGCCAGAACUCGAGGUGAAUUAUGAGAAAAAACGGCAGAUGAAAUUCAUUAGAAAUUUAUCAUUCACCACGAGGGAGGGGCGAUCGAUUUAUCACUCUUGGAAAUUAAUUUCCCGAGAGAUGUCUCACAAUUCAUUGAAUCAAUAUUUUUUUCUUCCUUUAGACUUUUUUAUCGACAUGAUUCAUUCGUCCCCAGUACAUUUUCUUUGCAAAAAAAUGAAGUAAUGAGAAAAUAAAAUGGAAAAAUGUGAUAAAUGAUGAAAAAAAAACAUCGACAAUUUUCUAUAAUGUGUCCUGAGGUGUUUAUCUUCCAAGUGGGGCUGAUUGUUUUUUUCAUUGAAAAUAUCUGCCCAUAAAAUUGUAGAAGAAUAAAAAAAAUUGAAGAGAAUAUUAUUUUCAGUUGGUUUUUUAAAAACUAAAUGAGUGGAGGAGUCAACUGAGAUGACAUUAACUGUUAUUCAGUGAAGAGAGGACGGUUAAUCAUCCGAAUUAGCGAAUUAAAUUUUUUUCCAGACGUCUCAUUUACCUCUCUAUGCAUCUCUGGGAUUAAUCAACAUGUGACUGUUUUAUUUCUCGAUCAAUGCAGAUCAAUAGGAAUAUUAAUCACUACAGUGAAACCUCACCUACAAAUGAUCUUUACAAAUUUUUGAUUAUUCAUGGUAAAGGGAGUAAUGUGAUGCUGUACAUUGUUAGCAUUUAUAUCUAAUUGAAAUCUUUAAAUAAAUAAAUGUGUAAAUAUUUUUGAAAAUUA